AUGGAAGUAAGGAAAGAGAAAAAAAAAAAAAACGCAUGUAAUUUAAAAGAAGAUGAGAAAAAGAAAACGUCCAAAGUAUUUAUUGAAAAAACUAUAAUUGGAGAUAAGGGGAGUGAUAUAAAAAAGAAAAUCGAAAUAAAGAAAAGAGAUAACAAUGAUAAUAAAAAGGAAAAGAACAAAAGUAAUGAUAAUAAGAACAGUUUUUAUAAUUUAGACAAAAAAAUGAGUAAAGUUGAUGAUGAGAAGAAAAUAAAAGAACAAGUUAAUAAUAAAGAUAAUAAUUCAACUGAUAAUAUGAAAAAUAAAAACAAUAAUGAUGAUAAUGAUGAAAUAAAAAAAAAAAAUUAUAAUAAAUUAAGAAGAAAAUUAAAAAAUCUGAAUUAUAAUGAAUAUUUAUGUGUCUUAUGUACACCUCUUGUUCAAAUAAUUUUUGAUGAUUUGAUUCAAGCAAUUCAUAAUUUUCAAAAAUUAUCAGAUAAGUAUGAAGAAUUACAACAAAAAUAUAAAAUAUUGAAAAAUGAAGAAAUAAGAGAAGGAGAUGAAAAAGAAAAAAAGGAUUAUAUAAAUGGGCAAGCAAAAAUAAUUAAAAAUGACAAAGAUGAUAACCAUACUAAAGAUGAUAAUAAUAAAAGGAAUGACAACUCUAAUGUUGAUGGUAACAAUAAUGAUAGUGAUAAUAAUCCACUAUUGUGUGAAAUAUAUGAAAACAAAAUUAAAGAACUUAAUAAAAGACUAGAUGAAGAAUGUAAAUUAAAAGAACAAUAUAUUUUAGAAAAUAAAAAAUUAGAAAUAUCCUUAAAUAUUAUAAAACAAAAUAAGAACAAAGAACAUAAUGAAGAAGAAAUUGAUACAUCUAGUUAUGAAUUAUCACUUAGUGAUACACAUGAUUCAAAUUAUAAACGUAUAACAUCAUAUGACGAUAUUGAAUUAGAAAAAAAAAAAAAAAUAUAUCAAAAAAUGGGGAAAAAGAUAUUGAAAAAUAAACACUCUUCUAUAAUAAAUGAUCAUACCUUAUCUCUUGGCAAAGAAUUAUCAUAUUAUAAAAAUCUCUGUAAGGAAUUUAAAGUUGAGUUGGAGUUAUUAAGAAAUCGUCAGAAGGGGGAUAUCCUUGCACAAAUGGAAGAUACUAUGACCCAAGGUAAUGAUAAAUCUUUUGAGGAGAAGGACCAAGAAAUAAACUAUCUUAAAGAAAGGCUGCAUGAAUAUGAAAUUGAAAUUCGUAAACUCAACGAGCUUCGAUUAAUAAACGGAGUAAAAGAACAAAAAACAUUGAGAGAUAAUGAAUCAUUAUCUGAAAGUAUGCUAAACGAAAAUUCUCAAAAUUUUCAUAAUUAUCAAAAUGAAAAGAAUGACGAAAAAACAUAUAGCAUGGAUGAUAAUAAUAAUAAUAAUAAUAAUAAUAAUAAUAAUAAUAGUUUUAAUUGGAGAGGUUCAAAAAAUGAUAAUUCUACCUAUGAUGUUGACAACUUCAAUAAAAUAAUAAAAUCAAAAGACAAUGAAAUUUUUCAUCUUAAAAAUCAAGUUGUAUUGUUAGAAACACAAUUAGAAAUAAAAAAUGACGAUGAAAAAAAUUUUAAUGAAAUAUAUAAUGGAAAGAUAAAGGGAGAUAAUAAUAUAUAUAUUAAUAUGAACAAGUCAGGCGAAAGUUAUAGUUCAACUAAAGAGGGAGAAACUUGCGAAGAAGAUGUAGAAAAAAGAAAAGGUACAGAAAAUAUAAUAAAUGAUAAAGACAAUAAAAUGAAGAACAUGCAAGAUGAAUAUAAAGCAUAUUUGGAAUUAGACGAAUUACGUGUUGAUAUGAAAUUAAAAGAAGAAAAUAUUGAAGAAUUAGAAAAAAUAAUAUUAAAAUUAAAAAAAGAAUUAAAAGAAGAAAGAAAAAAAAGUGAGAAAUAUGAAAGAAAAUAUAAUGAAGAAAAGAGUGAGCUAGCUAUAUUAAAAGAAGAAAUGCAUUCAUUAGAAAAACAAAUUGAAGUUAAACAAAGUGAAUUUGAUUUAAAUAAAAAUACAAUAAAUAAUUUGAAAUUAGAAUCUGCUGAAUUUAAUAAUAUUAUAUCAUGUUCAAAUGAAACGAAAAAACAUUUAACAGAUUAUAUACAUAAUUUAUUGAAUAAAUUAAGUGAAUGUAAUGAAAAAAUGAAUGAAUUAAAAGAUAUGAAUAUUUUGACAAACCAAAAAAUAGAAGGAUAUAAAAAUGAAAUAAGAAAAUUAAAAACUGAUUUGAUUGAUUCAAAUAAUCAAGUAGAUGAAUUUGCAACACUUUUAGAUAAAAAAGAUGAAGCUAUAGAAAAUUAUAAAUAUAAAUUAGAAAAUAUAAAUAAAGAGUAUUCAAAUAUAAAUAUGAAAUAUAAUGAAAUAUUAAAAGAUAAUCAAAAUUUACAGAUUCAGAAUUCUUCUAAUAAUGCAAACAGUACAUUAAUUAUUCAACAGUUACAACAAGAAAUAGAUAUAUUAAAUAUAACAAAUAAUCAUUUAAAAAAAGUAGAAGAAGAUUAUAAGAUAAUAUUACAAGAGAAAACAAUAAUUGAAGAUGCAGCUAUAAAGAUACAAACCGAAUUAAAAAAGUCAGUGGAGAAAAUAAAAAAUUUGGAAGUUUAUAUACAGACAUUAUCUGUCGAAAUAGGAAAUAUAAAAACACAAAGAGAUGAUUCUUUAGAUGCACUAACAAAAGUAGCUAUUGAUAAAACACAAUAUGAAAAUGAAUUAAUACAAAGUAAAAAUAUUAUAUAUGAAUUAAAAAAACAAAUAGAUGAGUAUCAAAAUAAUGCAAGAUUUGUUGAAAAUAAUAUUAGUGAGAUUAGUAAAAUACAUAUUAAAAAAGAAGAAGAAUAUACAUUAUUAAAAAAUGAAGUAAAAUCUUUAAGAGAAAAUUUAAAUGAAAAAAAUAUUAAAUUACAAUUACUAGAAGAAAAAGAAAAAAAAUUGGAACAGAAUCAUAUAGUAUAUAAUAAUUUUCAUUUAGAAGCUCAAAAGAAAUAUAAUUCAUAUGAAAAAGUUAUUGAUAAUUUAAAAAGAGAAAUAGAUGAAUUGAAUAUAAAUAAUAGUGAUAAUAUAGUAAUAAUUGAAAAAUUAAAAGAAGAAUUACAACGAGAACAAAACAAAAAAUAUAAUAUCAAUUAUGAUUAUGUAGAUGGUUUUAUGGAUAACCAAAUGGAUAUAUCACUAUCUUCUAAUAAAUAUGAUAAUAUUAAUAAUAAUAAUAUUAAUAAUAAUAAUAGUGUAAAAGUUCAAAAUCUUGACAACACAUAUGAUGUUAGUAAUAUUAAACAUGAUCAUAAAAAUAUUGUUAGUGAUAUAAGUGGAAUCAAUCACAAAAUAGAUGGUGAUACACAAAGGAAGGAACAAGAAAAUAUAUAUAAUAAUGUGCAAAAUGAUAAAAAGACAAUUUAUAAAGGAGAAGACAAUAAUAAUUUAACCUAUGAAUAUAAUGAUGAUUUUAAUAUUUUUAUUAAUUCAAAUAAAACUAAAGUUAAGAGUAAAACAAAAAAUAAUAUAGAUAUAAGAGAAAAUAAAGAAAAUGUGGAAAAUUAUUCAAAUGAUUCUAUAAAAAAUGAAGGACAUGAUGAUGAAAAUAAAGAAAGGAAAGAAGAAUUGCCAAGAGAAAAAAAACAGGUAGAUACACAUUUUGAUAAUGUAUGUGUAAAGAAAGAAGAUAUUAAAAAUAAAGAUACAAAUGACAGUAAAAAUAUAAAAAAAAAUUAUGAUAAGAAUGAAGAAGACCUACUUCAUAGUACAUCUAGUGAUAUGUCAUCUUAUCUUGGAAAUAAUGAUAUAUCUUUAUUUAGUAGUGCAAAAUUAAAAAAAAUGUUUAAUCUUAGUCAUACAUAUAAUAAAAAAAAUAAUGCAGACAAUAAAAUGGAUAGUGUGAACAAAUUGAAAGUUGUGAAUAAAACAAAUACAGAUGAUGUUAUCUCUAGUAGUAAGAAAAACAAAAAUGAUUAUUAUGAUGAUAUGGCUUAUGAUUUGAAAAAAAAUUGGACAUAUAAUAAAGGAGAGAAAAAGAAAAGUGGGCAAGAAAAUAAAGAAUAUAUAAAUAAUGAUAUAAAAGGAAAUGAUAAUCACAUAAUGAUAGAUAAAAAAAAUAUAAAUAAAGAUUCUAUAAAUAAGAAGGAUAGUAUGAUAAAACCUAUCAAUAUGAAGAAAAAAUAUAAUUUGGAUAGUUCAUUUAUUGAUAUUAUUGAUAAAUCUAUUUAUAAAAAUAAUCAAAAGAAUAAUUUAGUGAGUCAAAUUACAAGUGAUGAAGAAAAUGAUGAGAAAUUUCCAUUAUUUUAUGUUGAAGAGAAUAAAAAUAGAAAUAAAAAUAAAAUGGAUAUGCAAAAUAAAGGGGACAUGUCUAAUUUAGAAGACGAAUUUGAUGAAGAUAUGAUGGUGAAGGGUGUAAUAAAUAUGAAAGACAAUAAAAAUAAUAAAAAAAAUAAAAAUAAUAAUAAUAAUAAUAAUAGUGAUAAGAAUGAUAAUUAUAAUAAUAAUUUAUCUAGAUAUCAUUCUAGAAAUGUAAACAAAAUUUCUAGACAAAAUAAUGAUCAAAAUGAUAAUUAUAUAAAUAAUAAAAUUACAGAUAGUAAUGUAAGAAAUAAAUCCUAUAAUGAGAAGAAUAAGAAAAAAAAUUACAAUUUUAUUUCUCAAACUAGUUAUGAAGCUAAUAGUAAUAAUAGUAGCAUUGUUUUAUUAGAUUCAUUAAGUUCAGAUAUGGGACCUAACAUAAGUGUUGAUAAAUAUAAUCAAACUAAAAAUAAGGAAAUGAUAAAUAAUAACAAUAGUAAGGGUGAUAGGAAUGAAUAUAAUAAUGAUCUAUAUAGUUCAAAUGAUUAUAAUAAUUUAAAAAAAGGUACCUUCCUAAUAAGUGAUAAUUCUCGUGGUGUUAAAAUGAAUACAUAUGAUGGCAAAGAUAAUAAAAAUAAAUAUACAUAUGAUAAUAAAAAUAAAUAUACAUAUGAUGAUAAAAAUAAAUAUACAUAUGAUAAUAAUUACAAUAUGAAUAAAACAAAUAGUAAAAUGGAUAAAUCGUAUGAGAAUAAAAAAAAAUAUACAAAUAUAAAAAAUAACAACAACAAUAAUAAUAAUAAUAAUAAUUAUAACUAUGAUAAGUAUGAUAAUUAUGAUAAUUAUGAUAAUGUAUAUAAUAAAGCAGUAAUAAGAAAUGAACCCGUUAUAUCUAACAAGUCUAAAAUAAAAAAAGAUUUAUAUAAUAAAUAUAUGGAUGUUUUAAAAAGUUUAAAAAGUGAAGAAAUGGAUGCUUCAGUUAAUACAACAAAUAAUAAAACUAUCGAUUUCACAAAUGAUUUUACAAAGACACAAGAAAAUUCAACAUCAAUAUUAUCAUCAUCUAAAACACUGCAAAAAGAUAGUUUACUAAGUAAUCUUUCUAAAUUUAAAUUUAAUGAGGAGCUUCAUGAAUAUUCCUGUGAUCCCUUAACAAUUAUUAAGCCCAUUGAGGAAUCCAACCGAGAUUAUUUUGAAUAA